AUGCGCACGCUCUAUCAUCUCCCGCUCGACCCCGGCUGCCGGAAGAUCCGGCUCUUGCUGCACGAAAAGGGCGUCGAGGUGGAGCUGAAGGCGGAGAAGACCUGGGAGCGGCGCGAGCAGUUCCUGCGCCUCAAUCCGGCCGGCGAGGUGCCGGUGCUGGUGGAGGCGGACGGCAGCAUCAUCCCCGACGCCUGGGUCCUGGCCGAGUACCUGAACGACGCCUACGCCGAGGUCGGCGACGACCUGAUGGGCCAGACGCCGCUCGACCGGGCCGAAGUGCGCCGCCUGGUCGCCUGGUUCGACCGCAAGUUCGCCCGCGAGGUCUCCGACCUGCUGAUCGAGGAGAAGGUGAUGAAGCGCUUUCUCGGCGUCGGCACCCCCGAUUCCUCGGCGAUCCGCGCCGCCAACCAGAACAUCCACUACCACCUGGACUACAUCGGCUGGCUGAGCGACCGGCGGAACUGGCUGGCCGGCGACAACCUCAGCCUGGCCGACUUCGCGGCGGCCGCCCACCUCUCCUGCCUCGACUACCUGGACUGCGUGCCCUGGGACCAGCACGCCGGGGCGCGCGACUGGUACGCGCGGAUCAAGUCGCGCCCCUCGAUGCGGCCGCUGCUGGCCGACCUGAUCCCCGGCUUCCCGCCGCCGGCCCACUACGCCGACCUGGAUUUCUGA